AUGGAAGUAUGCGGCUACUCGGCUAUCGCUGGAAUUCCAUCUUCCGACUUCCGGAUGAGAAAUUUUCACUGCCAUGCAAUUCUAGUUGGUUACCAAUCUGCAAGUCUGUGUUCAUCUUAUAGAAAAUCUCGCAGUGAUCACAAAUCUAUUUUUGAAGUGAUCACAAUCUUCAAAUAUUUCUUGAAAUAUAAUUCUGAUCUACCACUAUCAUUCGACAAAUUCAUCUACAAUGUCUAUUAUUUCCCAUAUUUAUGGAUUAUAUCUGUUUAUAUCUGUAACUUCACAAAAAUUCAAACAUGGAUUCAGAAUCAGAAGAAGAGGACGUCGGUUACUGUAGUCGUUCCAGAAUAUCGGGUUGUCGUUCGACCACAACGAAUUGAUGAGACUAUGAUAUCCGAAUUGUCGGUGUCAGAACUCGAAACAGUUAUGUGA